CUUCUCUAUCGCCGCCUAUUUCAGAGACGGUCACCGGCCGGAAACGGAAAGCUAGGGUUGCUCAGUCCCCAAUUGAGGGGGAAUCUAGGGUUUCGGUAUACUUGCGAUCGGGCACCAGGAUUGAGAAGAGGAAGGCGGUAGUGGAGGUUGAUUCGAAGAAUAGAUUGGAUUUUGAGGCGAUUGAAGUUCGAUUCGAAGAAAACGGUGAAGUUUAUGCUGCUGAUCCCGUUGAGAAAUCUAAGGAUGAGAUCAUUGUUGAUGAUGAACUGAAAGGAAAGGACAAGUUGGUGGAAACUAGGGUUUUGGAAGAGAGGGGGUCGAUGAACUUGCGGUCGAGUCCUAGGUUUGCGAAGAGGCAACCUAUAGUGGAGGUUGAUUUAAAUAAAAGAUUGGAUGGCGGCGAAAAGUCCCAAUUGGAAGAAAAUGGUGAAGUCUCUGAAGCUGUUUCUGUGGAAAAAUCUAAAGAUAAGAUGGUUAUUGAUGAUGAUGAAGAAGGGAAAGGCAAGUUGGUUGUUGAAGAAGGUCAAUCAUCGAUUUACAACAAUGAAGUUACCCAAUCUUCUGCACGGGAAGUUUUCGAAGGUGGAAGAAGCAGAAGAAGGGUUAAAACGCGGAUGGCAAAGGAGUCUCGAAAAGAGUCAGGGAGGAAAGUAGCUUUAGAAUUGGCUCCCAAAUAUGCUUUCUUUAAAGCUGACGAAGAAUCUAGUGAAGAAGAGGAAGAAGAGGAUUUAGCAGUGAAUGCUGAUCAGAAUGAAGAUUGGCCAGGCCCAUUUUCAACAGCCAUGAAGAUAAUUAGGGAUCGAGAGCAGAUACUGAUAGCCAGAGAGUUGAAUUCUUCUUCAAAGAAAAACGAUGAUGCUGGGGUUAAAAUUCAGUGGAGUCCUUCAAAGGAUAAAAAAGUUAAGACCUUUGGGAAAUCCCCUCCUUCACUGCAUGAUCUAUGCAUGAAAGUUCUUUGUGAUAAUGCUGAAGAGGUUGAGUCUCUUUAUGGUGUGCCCGAUGCUAUCAAGCAUCGGUUUGUGUCGCAUCUAUGCAGGUCAAGGAAAAUGGGUUCUCGUGUUCUUGGUCUUCUUGUAAGUGGGUCUCCCACAGAGAUACAUUUGAGUGAUUGUUCAUGGGGAACAGAAGGAGAGUUUGAGGAGGCCUUUGGUGGGUGUAAUACUGAAAAAUUGAAGGUGCUAGAACUUAAUAUCUCAGGGAGAUGUUUGCCUGAUUACGUAUUACGGGGUAUCUUGGCUAGGUCAAUAAAGAAUUUGCCUUUAUUGACUAAGAUAUCUUUUAGGGGUAAUUACCGUCUUUCUGAUGAUGGGCUAAAUGCAAUUGUUUCUUCAGCACCUUCUCUGAGUUGUAUAAAUCUGUCCCAGUGUUCCCUUAUCUCCUCAGCUGGGAUCAUUAAUGUCGCUGAAAAGUUGGAAUCAGUGUUGAAAGAACUGUAUAUUGAUGAGUGCCAAGACGUGGAUGCUAUGCUGAUCCUUCCUUCAUUGAUGAAGCUUAAGAAUCUAGAAGUUCUGUCGGUAGCUGAGAUUGAGACUGUCAGCAAUAAGUUUGUGAGAAAACUGGUUUCUUCCUGUGGAUCAACUAUCAAGGAGCUUGGGUUGUCUGGUUGCCGUAAACUGACUGCUGGUUCGAUGAAAGUUAUUGGAGAAAGCUGUUCCCUGUUACGCUCUCUCGACCUUCGGAACUUGAACCGGCUGAAUGAUUUGGCAAUAGGUUACCUAGCCAAUGGUUGUAGAUCAAUUCAGAAACUCAAACUUCGUCGCAAUGCAUUUAGUGAUGAAGCUCUUGCAGCAUUCCUGGAAGCUUCUGGAGGGUCAUUGAUUGAACUUUCAGUCAACAAUUUUGCAAAGGUCGGUCAGCAAACUGCCAUAGCUAUUUCCCGUCGAUGUUCCUCAACUUUGAAGACUCUAGACCUUUCAUUUUGUCGCAACAUGUCAGAUGAAGCACUGGGAUUAAUUGUUGAUAGCUGCUCUAAUCUUCAGAUUCUGAAACUUUUCGGAUGCACACAGGUUACCAAUGUAUUUAUGGAAGGCCACUCAAAUCCAGCCAUUCAAAUUGUUGGAUCGAAGGGUCCAGUAUUAGACCGAAUCCAGCUGCCGGAGUAUCUGUAAACUGGUUAGGUCUUUGCUUUUGGGCUUUUGUGUACAUAUCUUCACUAAAGAACAUACUUCUGAACGAAUGUACAUGAUCUGUAUGUUUGUUUCUCUGGAAAGUUUUGUGAUGUCUUUAGGGUUGUAGGUUGCUUUGCAGGAAAAACCCUGGGCCCUUGGCAAUUUACUUUUUGUCUUA